UUGCUAAACACAGCAGCUUCUGUCUGCCAUCUGUUUGUCUAAUCUAAAAAAUAUUUGUCACGACUCUUUUCCUAGAGUACUUUGAUUGCAAAGAAAUUGGGAUUUUCUUCCACUGACCACUUGAGAUCCUUAUGCAUAAUACUGAUGGUGCGUGCAUGUUAACGUUCCUGAUACAAGGUAGAUGUGCGGUGCGUGCGGGAUGGGAAGCACGAGGAUUCUUAUGACGACGAGCAGCUGAGCUUUUCGCUAGCUGGAAGCCAAGGAGCGCGAACACAUUUUGUCCUGAGUUCUCGUAGAGUACUGCGGCUGCUAUUCCCUCCUGAUUGCUUCUCUUGGCGACAUCAUGUCCUACUCGGAAUUGGCCAAGUUAGCGUCGUCGGACGGCGCGGAGGGUCGCGCGACGGCGGGGGAGGAGCGCGAUGCGCGGCUCUCCUUGGCGCGACAGAAGUUGAACAAGUUCCGCAAGAAGAAGGCCACGGCGCAGGACACCGCGGACAACGUGUCGGAGACGGCGGAGGAGCUGUCUGUGUCGGGCUUGUCGGGCCGCUCCUCGCCCUCGCUGGACUCCCUCGCGGGGGCGGGGGCCUUCGCGGGGGGCGCCCCGGUCAGCGCGCCUGUCCUGCCCUUGUCCAUCCCUACCAGCCACAUUCCCCAGCCAGCGCGGAGUGUCGACGGCGCAUCGCCGCGCGCAUCCAUAGGGGAAAACGGCGAAAUGAGAGAUUUAUUGCGGCAGUUGAGCCAGCGCAGUAAUCCCGCGGAAGACGGUCUGGCCAACCACCGGCCCGAGGUAGCGCUCUUCUCGCAGGCCGGCACGGAUGAAAUGCGCGAGACCAUCCAGCGACUGCGGCAGGAACUGGACCGGGAGCGCUCCAGCGUCGACUCCCGCCUCCUUCGCGAACACCACAACCUCCGCGAGCAGCUCAACGGACACAUUCAGACGAUCGGGAUCCUGGUGGCGGAGAAGACGGAGCUGCAGGCGGCCCUCACCCGCGCCGACCACAUGGCCAAGAAGAAGGCCGUCGAGGCCGAGGGGUACGCCAACAAGCUGGCCGAACUGCGCCUCACGCUCACCGAAUGCGAGCGCCGACUGAACGAGACACAGAUGAACGGCGAGCACACCAGCCACAACUUCCACGAGCAGACAGAACGCUACACCCGCCAGAUCGCCGAUCUCCGGCUGGUCGCCGAGCAGUCGGAGAAGACGGUGGAGACAAUGCGCGAUGAGCUCUUCGAGGCCAGGAAGAAGCUCAACCUCAAGGAUGCGGAGACGAAACGGCUGGAGCAGCGCCUGAGCGAUGUGGAAUCUCAGCGGGUGUGGCAGCGCGGCGCCGCCGACUCGCGCGAGCAGGAGCAGGUGGAGAGUCUGCAGCGCGAUAAGAAGGCGCUGGAGUGGAAGGUGCAGGAGUACCAGCAGGAGAUGGCCGCGCUGCGCCGCGACAUGGACGCCCUCGUCGGCCGCUACCAGGCCGCGCUGGCGCAGGCCGCCGCCGCCGCCCGCCCGCUCAUGCCGGAGCGGGAGGACGCGGAUAAGGCGGAGGAGGCCGUCAAGGAGAACGCGCAGCUCAAAGCGCAACAGGAAGCCCUAAUUCGGGAAAACGAAUUCCUUUUGAACUCCGCGGCGCAGCAGAAAAGCCUCAUGGACCAACUGCAGCAGGAGAAGUCUAAACUGGCGUCGGCCAACCAGCAAAAGAGCGACGCCCUGCAGCAGUGUGAAGCGCGUCUGCACGAGCACAGCCAAGUAAUUGCGCGGCUGACGGCCCUGAACGAGCAGCUGGCCGCCAGCGCCAGUGACCGCAGCAGUUUACUGGCCUCCGUGGAGAGCGACAAGGUGGCGCUGAGCCGCGCCGUCUCGCAGAACCACGAGCUGAAGCGGCUGCUGGACGGGCUGACGGUGGAGCUGCAGCAGGAGAAGGAGCAGUCGUACCAACUGCGCACGCAGGCCGACGCCGUCGCUUCCGGCGCCCCGCGUUCGCCCAGUCGGAGCCUGAUGCACUCGCAGACGGAGAUGGCCGUUCCCGUUAAUACGCCGGCCUCGGCCAGCUCGCAACCGCAGCCGGCCGCCCACGCCAGGGCCUUCGAGGGGAAGAUCCGCAAUCUGGAGGACGAGAUGCAGCUGUACAAGAACCGCGUCAUCCAGGCCGACUCCGAGGUCAUCUACCUCAAGAAUGCGCUGCGCAUCAAGGAGGAGGAGUCGAAGCUGUUGGAGCUGACGGAGCGCGUGGGCGCCUACAAGACGCUGGAGCACAAAUUCGUCGCGUCCAUGAAGCAGAACGCCGAGCUGCAGGACCAGGUGGACCAGCUGGAGCACGUCAUCCUGCAGCUGCAGGGCGAAACCGAGACCAUAGGCGACUACAUUGCGCUGUACCAGAACCAGCGCACCCUGCAGAAACAGCGCGAGCUGGAGAAGAGCCAGCAGAUCCAACGUCUCUUGGAGGAGCGCGAAGCCAUGAAGCUGAACAUUGCCAAGCUCUCCGGUUUGCUGCGCGGCCGCUUGCACGAGCCGGAAGUCCCGCCGCACCGACCGCACGCGGAGGUGGAGUCGGGCGACACGCCGGACGCCGCGGUCCAUCCCGCGGAGAACGGGCACGCGGCCGGCGCGGAGGCCGACGCGGGUGCGGAAGCGACGAUCCUGACGCUGCUGCAAGACAUGGACGACCUCGUCCACACGCCGCCGAGCGCCGCCGGUGCGGCGCCCGCCCACCGGCCGCUGCACCACACGCCCUACUGCCCCUGCUGCGUCGGCGUACUGCGGGUCGUCUGAACGCGGGGAAACGUGGAAUUUAUACAGAAGAAGCUAUUUAUUCGCGGUGUUUGUGGAUUUUCUAAUGGAUUUGCCAGCUGUGAGAUUUGUAUACGGUUUUUGUGUGUGCUGCCAGAUGGAUCGCUGAUAUUAUUACGGGAUAGUGGUGGAGGUUUUUAUCGUGUUGAAAAUUGCCGGGCUUGACCAGUGCUGACUGAGACUAAUACAAAUUUAUACAAUUAUCAAAAACGGAUGCUGAAAAUCACUGUCACGGAUGUCACUGUACAGUUUGUUCCAUACAUUGAAAAACAGAGCGAAUCACGGUCGGCACCAGCAGCUUCCGGAGGGGCUGCAGUGGCCGUUGUUGAACUUCCAGCGCCGGCCGUCCGGCCCGACCAUGGGCACUUUGCAGCAGUCGUUGCAGUUGUUGGACACGUCCGUCGCCUGGCCCCCGCCCAGCGUGCAGCGGUCACAGCAGUCGCCAAAGUCCUUGCACACGUUGUGGUCCAAUCCGCGCAUCACCGGCACGAUCGCUAACACGACCAGCGCGCACACUAGGCAGACGUGCGAGGCGUUCAUUCUCAAGCUUUUAUCUUUAACCGGCCAAAGGAAAAAAAUUCGAAAAUACCAAGAAAAAUAUUUUGGUUUCCGUGCAACCAAAAGCAAACUGUAUAUCGCUUGGCACAGCGGAAGCGUUUCUGCAGCCUUUUUAACGCAAGCCAUAUAAUGUAGUGAAUGUAAACGCCUCCGGCUCGUGUAUUAAUCACACCUUUCACCCGGCAAAUUCACGGAAACGGCGAGAUAGGUUUCUGCACGAGCAGUGAUUAUGUAUCUAUCUGCAGCUGUUUUUUGUCGGCUUGUUGUUGUUUUUGCGCUAAUUAAGGAGAAUUUUGGCCCGGUUUUUAUCAGUGAGUCAUAGUUAUUUUUUGUCGACGUACCGAGUGAGUCAACGCUUAUGCUGCGCCGACAAUGGUUGAGUAACAAAGCGGCAGCCUCCAUCCGU